AUUAUCUGGCAGCCGGAGUGGCAGCGGACAGAAGAGAGGGGAUCCCCGGGAUUUUUACACCGAAGCCAGCGAGACACUGACAUCAAACAUCUGAACAUCGCGGGGGGAACUCGGUCAAGCUCCUCCUAGACUCCGGUGAGAGCAGCCAUGUCAGAGGAGGCAGUGCGUCAAACGCGCAGCCAGAAACGGGCUCUGGAGAGGGACCAUGCACCUCUCACUGAGCCCCUGGAGGACUUGGACAGUAAACGGGUUAAGCUGGAGAAGAGUGAUGCAACUGGAGCUCCCCUGGCCUUGGUGGGAUCUGGAGCUGAGGGUGUGAAGCUGAAGAGUGAGCAGGCUGCAAAGGUAGCAGCCAGCAUCCUAAAAUCUGGGGAAGUAAAGGCCACGAUCAAGGUGGAGGUGCAGACGGGAGACGAGCCGGUUGACAUGAGCACAUCAAAAAGUGACAUUAAGAAUGAGCGGCAGCCACCAUCGCCAGAUGAUGUGAUUGUGCUGUCAGAUAACGAGCCAUCCAGCCCUCUGAUGAAUGGUCACUGCUUCACAAAGACUGACACAGAUAAACUUAUGAAGAGUUCUCCUGAGGAGAGGGAGCGCAUCAUCAAACAGCUGAAAGAGGAACUGAGACUCCAAGAAGCCAAGCUGGUGCUGCUGAAGAAACUACGACAGAGCCAGAUUCAGAAGGAGAGCACGGUGCAGAAGGCAACCGGCUCUGUAGCAACUCCUCCUCCUCUGGUGAGAGGUAGCAUCUCAUCAAGCAAAGGACCCCUCCAGGUGACAGGUCGAAGCUCAGGCACGGUGAUCCCUCCUCCUUUGGUGCGGGGUGGGCAGCACGUCCCGUCCAAACACAACUCUCAGAUUGUUAUGCCACCCCUGGUCAGAGGGGCCCAGCCUAUUGCAGUGACUCCCCAGCAGAUAGCCAGUCUACGCCAUCAACAGCAACAGCACAGCGGUUCAGGCCCCCCUCCGCUCCUGCUGGCUCCCAGGGCUUCUGUGCCCAAUGUCCAGGUCCAGGGCCAGAGGAUCAUUCAGCAGGGACUCAUUCGGGUGGCUAAUGUGGCCAACAGUAAUGUCAUGGUCAACAUCCCUCAGGCCUCUCCAACCAGCCUAAAAGGCUCUUCAGCGUCGCCCAACUCUAGCAUCAAUGAUUCCCCAGCCAGCAGGCAGGCGGCCGCUAAGCUCGCACUGCGUAAGCAGUUGGAGAAGACACUGCUGGAGAUCCCUCCACCUAAACCUCCUGCCCCCGAGUUCAACUUCCUGCCCUCAGCAGCCAAUAAUGAGUUCAUCUACUUAUUGGGUCUGGAGGAGGUGGUGCAGAAACUUCUGGAGAUGCACGGCAGGGGUAAUCUGGGCCCAGCUGCUGCCCUUGCCAGCUCCAUUCCCAAAGAGCCAUACACCUGCGCCCAGUGUAAGACGGACUUUACUUCCCGCUGGAGGAAGGAGAAAGCUGGGACCAUCCUCUGUGACCAAUGCAUGUCGUCCAAUCAGAAGAAGGCCCUGAAGGCUGAGCACACCAACCGGCUGAAGGCGGCUUUUGUUAAGGCACUCCAACAGGAGCAGGAGAUUGAGCAGCGUAUCCUCCAGCAGGCAGCCUCCUCUUCAUCUUCCUCGAAAACCACCUCCUCUCCCUCACUGUCCAAGAGUGAGGCGCUGGUGUCCCAGCAGUACAAGCAUGUCAGGGCUGCUAUGCAGCACAGACCUAUGGCUGCGCACCACUCCUCCAUUAAACAGGGUCAUCUGUCACACAACAUCCAGUCAGUGGGCUCUCGUGGUAUGGCUCAUUCAUUCACCUCCUCUUCUCAGCUGCAGAGUGCGAUGGCGGCAGCGGCGCUGGGCAGCAGGGCAGGUAAGCAUGCUGCAGCACGCCCGCUGCAGCAGGGGGCAAAGGUCAGCGCCAGCAGCAGUAACCAGGGCAACGUGGCUGCCUGGAAGAAGCAGAGCGGUGGCAAUACAGGUGUGACUAUGGCCUACGUGAACCCCAGCUUGUCCGCUCAUAAGACCACCUCCGCUGUCGAGCGUCAGCGAGAGUACCUGCUGGACAUGAUUCCCUCCCGUUCUAUCUCCCAAGCAGCCAACACAUGGAAAUAAUGCAAUCUUGCUCCCUACUGACAUCAUAACUAUUACCCCUCUAAAUAUCAAUAACAGCCAUUCUCAUGAUCAUUCUAAUCCUUUGUAUGGACUCUGCCUCUGGCCGAAAUGGUGCAGAGGGAGAAUCAACCUAGUCUUUUGUUGGAUAGAGGUGUUCCUUCAGCUCUUCCUCAGAUAUUUCUGCUACCAUCUUCCUUACCCUUCAUCCCAAAGUGGAGUCGUGCUGCGACAGCUCGGGCUUCUGAGAUAAUUUGGGUACCUUUUUUGAGGGUUGGGGUUUACAGGGGCGUGUACAAUUUUACAAACUUCUCCAGCGAUGUCACCUCUCCCUCCAUGUAUAUUGGUUGAACCUCUGUGUCGCACCAAGAGGAAUAAUCUCCGAGCUCCCCUGCCUCUGGAUUAGGCUGGGAAAAAAAUAAUAAUCACUAUUACACACCAUUAAAAUCUUCGCCUUACGUCCUACCCCUCUCUAAGUCUGAGCCACUCAGACUCAGGCCCAUGUGGCGGCCGAACCAAACUUAACUCGCCACAGGGGGAUUGUGGUCGAGCUUCGAGGACCAUCCACAAAAAAUAACUGCUUCAGCUUUGCAAAAAUGAAUAAAAUGAAAAAAAGGACAGUAAAAAUGAUCUCUAUCUGCACACAGACUCUCUCUUCUCUCAAACACACGGCGCGUGUAGUAGAGAAGCUGAUGUGUGUUGGAUUAUUUUGUAUGGCUGAAUGUUAGGAUUUUGUCUUUUUCUUCUGUAAGUCAUAUACUGUGUUUGGAAUAUUGUGCUCCCUGAUACUUUGGAAGUGGCCUCUUGUUGAGGUCUGAAUUUACAGGCUAAUGUUACUGUUGAGGUGGUUUUACAUCUGCUGGGUUCCAUGUUGUGGCCUACUUUUAAAUACUUUGUUUUUCUAAGACGAAGAGGAAGAAUAAAGAUUAAGGUUUCACUAACUCAUGUAAAGACACUGAGCAUAUGUUUGGAGGACUAUUCGUAUUGAAUAUUGUAAAAAAAGAAAAGAAAAAGAAAAACCUUCCAAAGAACUAGUGGAGCCCAAAUGGAAUCCCUUCUGCUAGAAGGUGUCUAGUUUAUUUGAACCCUCUCUGGAUAUAAACAUGAAUUCAUGCUAGACUGAGGGGGUGUAAGGAAUGUCAAAUUUUUGACAUUGUUUUUGCUUUUAGUCAUAGGUUGUGGUGCAUUAUUUUUUUCUUCUAUAGACAAACUGUCUCUGGGUUUAUUUAUAGGGUCAUGUUAGUAAAGAUAUAUGCUUAUGCCCUGAGUUUGUAUGGAUCUCCACUUAAAAAUGAUUUGUUUUCUCUCGUGUGUCCAGUGGCUCCCACUCACCUCGCGAUUGGUCUUAGAGAAGCUGGACAGCUUUCAGAAUGUAGUUAUGCAAAAACCCCUAUAGCAACAAAUGACAUGAACUUCUUAGUCUUUAACAUUAAGGUGUGUAUGAUUUAUGUCAGGUCCUUGAAUUGAGCGAACUAUGCCUUUCACAUGAGCUAUAGUGCAUUUUUAUCAGGUUGCAGCAGCACAGGAUAAGCUAGUGAAGUACAAUAUGUCCUGCGUUCAACCCAUGGAGUUAUUUUAUUAACCAUAUGCUGUCUUUAAUUUCAGUCACUGGGAUGGUCCAGUUUCUUUGACCCUGCAACCAAGGCUGGGUAUUGGUACUUGAUACCUUUUAAGCUAUUGACAAAAAUAAUCCAGUACCAAGAAGUAUCAAAAUGUCCCCAGUAGGAUUAUGCUUGCAUGUGAUCUUUUUUGUGCUGGGGAUCUAAUUCCGGACCAUCCAGACUCCCAGCAAGAUCAACAAACUUUUUGUUGCUGUCAACUUUGGAACCGCUCUCUUUUGCAAAAGUCAAUUCAACAUCUAACCCGUUAGCAUGAGCUAACAUAGACAGAAGCGACUAACAUCAAACACCGAGCCGUGUGGUGGUCCCAACAAACUUUCUGAUGCUGCAGUCUCUGGAGCCGCUUUCCUCAGCCUCAACAGUUCAACUUUUGCCCUCUUAGUUUGAGCUAACGCAGCAGUGGCUAACAUCCAACAUCAAGCCAUUAAAGCUGUCCCAAGGAACUUUUUGUUGCUGUUGUAUUUGGUGUCGCUCUUCUUGAAGGUACAGCUCAACUUCUGCCCUUUUAGCCCAAUCUCAGGCAGCAGCGGCUAACAUCGAGCCGUUAUGUGGUCCCAACAGCAGUGUUGCUGCCGUCUUUGGACUCGCUUUCGUAGCAUCCGUACAGUUCAACUUCUGUUCUGUUAGCCCAAUCUAAGGCAGCAGCGGCUAACAUCCAACAUUAAGCCAUUUAACAGUCCCAAGAAAGUUUCUGUUGCUGCUGUCUCAGAAGCCACAGUCCCUGGUGAACGGGGCAAGCAUCUUCUGUCUUAGCGCAAGCUAACAUCGCAGCAGCUAACAUCCAAUACUGAGCUGCCAAGUGAUCCCGAGAAACUUUGGGUUGCUUACUUCUCAGGAGCCACUCUCCUCUCCUUGUCUGCCCAGUUAGCAUGAGCUAAUGCAGAUGCAGCUAUCAUCCAACACUGAGCCAUAAAGCAGUCUCAAAAAACUUUCUGUUGCUGCCAUCGCCGGAGCCACUCUCCUCGGCAAACAUAGACUUUAACUUCUGCCCUGUUAGCCUGAGCUAACGCAGCAUUGGCUAACAUCCAACAGCAAGCCUUUUAACGCUCCCAACAAUCUCAUGGCGACACCAAAAAUGGCAUGACUCUGUUGUUGAAGCG